CACUAAGACCCGGACGCUCUGACCGCUACUAUGGAUACGUGGGCAGUCUUUAAAAUGCCUUGAUUGAUAUCGAAAUGAAAUGCUGCCCUACUGUAUUGAGGUACAGCCGUUACACAACAAUAACCACUAUCAUUUGAAAUAAAAAGUAAUUGAGGGAGUUUUAACAUAUCAAAUUAAGUAUUUCUGCAAAUAACGGUGUCGUUUUGAUCAGGCAAUGCUAUGAUUCCUAAUGAGAGUCUUGACAAGCAGAUGCGCGUAAGAUGGAAGAUAUGAAGGCAGUACACUCAGAUCUUUACGCUACACUCCGAGUUUAGUGUUUUAAAAGCGGCUUUAAAUGUCCAAAGUGUGGACCUGAGACACUUUGCUUCGUGAAGUGAUGUCCCGACUUGUCAAGAAAUCUCCGUCUCUGUGUGUGGACCUGCCGCUGGACAACACGGACGUUUGUAACAAGCUUCGUUUACUGAGGCAGCUCAUGACGUCUUGUUAUGGUCCGACCGGUAAACUGAAACUAGUUCACAACAACAUCGGAGGACACGUUGUCACCACCUCGACCUCGUCAGUUCUCCUCGCAGCCAUUUCCUCCUCACAGCCUCUUGUGAACCUCAUAAAAACCUCCGUCCUCAACCACGUGUCCCGGUUCAGUGACUGCGGUUUGUUCGCUGCCUGUCUGUGCUUGGAUCUUAUCGAACAAGCAAAGCAAAGUGGCCUCAGAGGAAACGUGUGUAUCGGGCUGAACAGGCACUUCCUGGCUGUGUGCGUCAGUUACCUCCAGAGAGAGGACUGCUGCUGCAAAGUGAAGCUGGACUUCUGCAGCAGCCACAACCUGAUCGCAUUAGCUCGCAGUGUUAUCUCCAGCAAACCAGCAUGUUUGCUCACGGAGCAAGAGACGCUUCACAUCAGCAAGCUGGCUGUGCAGGCAUUUCUACUGACUCUUCCCUGUGACAAACCAGGCACCGUCUCUCUGGGCCAGACAGUGACCAUCUGUGUUGAGGGCCACUCUGUGCUCAACUCUGCAGUGUUUCCAGGUCUGCUGGUGGAUGUCACUGGUGUCCUAUGCGUCAACAAGUCAGAUAACCUGAGUUCACAUCGCAUGUUGUUGUUCAGUGCAUCUCUUGCUGGAGACAUUCCUGAACUCGGAGAGGGGAUCAUCGAAGUGUCCUCGGGUGUAGACACAGACGCACGGAUCUUGGAUCAACUCCUGGAUCUUGGCAAGCAGGCGGUUGAAGAUGACGUCAAGCUCUUUGUCUGUCAGAAGGUCAUACACCCAGUCCUACAGCAUUACCUGAGGAGUCGAGGUGUUAUUGUGAUCGAGAGAUUGGGAAUCACUCUCAUGGAGCCGCUCAUUCUGCUUACAGGUGCUCAUCCUGUGGCCACAUUGCACACGUCACUUCAACCCAAGGCCUACGGGAAGGUGAGGGAUCUCAGUAUAAGGCAGUUCGGAUCCAAGACUUUGCUGCAUUUGCUCGCCCACGGGGAGUCUGCAAUUUGCACGAUGGUCCUCUGCCACAGGAACGAGACCAUGCUAAGCGAGCUGAAGCUGGUGUGCCAGAAGACAGAACAUGUGUUGAGGCUCACCCUCAGGGAGCCAUACGCAUUAUUUGGAGGUGGGUGCACCGAGACCCACUUGGCUGCUUACGUCAGACACAAGUGCACGGACAGAGUAACGGAGUCUGCAGCAGUAUUGGGGUGCUCAGAGUCAGAGUACCUUCUCGGCAUGGACCGAUUCUGCAGCUCUCUGGAGUCUGUGGCCAAAUCACUGGAGCACAAUGGUGGGAAUUCUUUAAUUGAUCUGACUCAUGCUCACAACUGGACCGUACAUGCAGAUGUGAUGAACAGAUGCGUAGAGGGUAGCUUGGGCUUCUGUGGCUGUGGACUGGUGGAAGGAGGCUCAAGUAAGAAGUGGACUUACCUAAACACUAAAUAUGCUGAGUUCUCGCCUGCGGCCCUCACUACAGAUUCUCCUGUGCAGCCACGUGUGCUGGACUCCUUCACGGCUAAACUCAACGCCUUGCAAGUGGCUGUAGAAACUGCUAAUCUCGCACUAGAUGUGAGAUACAUAAUUAAAGAUGUGCUAGAUCUUGCUAGAUUCUAGUUUGCGAAGAUGAAAGUGAAGAAUUAAUGUUUUUACUUUUUUUGUAAUUAAUAAGUCCUCCUUUUUUAAAUUUAAAUCUGUAGUUCAUCAGAAAUUUUCCAACAUUUCUGAUCAACUAGCUGACCUUAACUUCCAGCCUGUUACACUUCAAUGACUUAAAAUCCUCUCUAAAUAAAGUGCGAUAGAGUUUUCAAAUUGAAUGAAUCUGUAUAAUGUGGCUUCUAUGGAACAAUUUACCAAACCAUCGUUUUUGUAAAUCAGCCGGUCUCAGCUGUAGUUACCAUUGGUGAGCACUGGGAGGCGCUGCAUCCAAUGCUGCCACAUAUUUUGUUGCCAACACAACACCAAAAAGCACCACCAGCAUUUUCUGAAGGUUUCUCCCCCGAUACAUUUUAAAGUAUUACCAGUCUCAACAUGCUGACUGGUGAAAUAAAGUCACACCUGACAGGUAUGAAAAUACAAAGACAAACCCUCAUGACAUGUUGUCUACAGACAGUCUGACAGGCCUCAUCCACUGAACCUUGAUCUAAGGUACAAUCACUGCAAGAUGUGAUAUUUGUCCUAUAUUGAUAUUUUAACAUAAUUGCUUAUAUUUUGAAUUAAUAUAUUUUAAGUACAGUACCACACUACUUUUCACAUACACAUCAAACAUGUCUGUUUUUACCUGUGAUGUACCAAAAGGUCCCAAGCAGCAGGUGCUUCCCCGUCAUGGAGGGUCUUUGUGAGGUACAAGCAAUAACAGUAGCAGGAUGAGGAGAGCCGGUUUCUCCCGGAGGAACCAGGCCACUCUGGUUGAGACCGUCCUCGCUGAAGAGGAGGGUACCAUGGCGGCCAUAGUAGGUUUGCAUCUUCCUGUGAUGGACCACGUGCCACAUUCUUAUCAGGAUGAUCCCACAGCUCGGGCAGGGGACCAAGUUCCCUUAGGAGUGCAGGUCGCAGGUCUGGGUCUCAGGGUCAGUGUUGCAGUGAUCUUUUCUGCUCAUAAACUCUUCUUUGGCAUUUGUAUAAAGUUAAAUAGAUCUUUAAAAGCCUCCCUGACUCUUCCCAAAUCAAAGAGAGAGGUGUGUCAGCCUGCUGAAACAUGAGACAACUCCCUUUUUCACAGCAUCGGCACAAACAUUUCUAAAGGUGAGGUUGUCAUUAUCUUUCUCGCCUUGGAAUGAAGCACUGAUGUUAAAUUGGUUUACAACACAAAGCUUCAAUAACAGUGGACUAAAUUUAAUUGAAUGUUAUAAUCACUAUAACAUCAGGUGCUAUAGUUGUUUGGAUCUUGUUUACAGACACACAGAGACAUUUGCGGCAAUGUCAAAUCGGGUGGCUACGUUUAUGAAUAAAGUGUCGGAAGAACUGCUGAAGUUUGGCCAGUCCGAACAGAGCAGGUGGAAGGCACUUGAAAAGGAGGAAAUGACAAAAAUCAUCCUAACUUAUGAAGUUACAAUGAAAUUAUCAAAGUCCAGAUACAGAUCCAAACGCAGAAUUUGCUUCAAUCAACUACAUGUGAACACACUUCAUAGUGGGUAGUACAGCAUUGGAUUAUUUUGUUUUAUUCCUUUGUUUGUGAUUUUAAAUGUGUCAUUAGGAUACAAUAGUGAAAUAAACGUGAUCAUUAACAUUACGUCAGGCCACCUCAGUAUAAACAGGACCAAAAAUCGAAUAAACCUGCGACUAUAGUUACCCCAAGUUAUAACCUGUUCCUUCUGAACGGACCAUUUGCCAAAAUGACUUUUUGAAAACAUUACACAGCAUCUGAAUAUUGAUGAACAAUAAAACCUGGCUGGACAGGAGUUUGUUAUAAUCUAAGGAUUAUCACACAAUGAUAUUCUUUAAUUUGUGACAUGGGGACUAGCACUGGGUUUGACAUAAAAUGUUUAAUAAAACAUAUCUUUUGUUUU